AUGAGUGCCUUGACUAUUUUUGUUAUAUUGGUGAUAAUGACAACUAGUCAUGUUCAUUGUCGGGGAGGUCAUAUGAGCGGUAAGAAGAUAACUGUACAAGUUGAAAAUGACUUGCAAGUUGACACCGUUCUUGUUUUACAUUGUCGGUCUUCAAACAAUGAUCUUGGAGAAAAAACACUUCAUAGUGGGCAAUAUGAGAAAUGGACUUUCAAUGGAAAUCCCAGCAGCAUUACUCUCUAUUCAUGUGACAUAAAAUGGAAUAAUAAGCAACAAAAUUUCACAGUUUAUGAAUCAACAAAGGAUGAAGCAACAUGUACAUCCAAAUGUUAUCGCGGUAUUAGCGCAGAAGGAAUCUAUUUUUUCAAUGAGUUUAAAAACACUUGGGAAAAGCGAUAUUCAUUAAAUUAG